AUGUCCGUCAACAAAUUAAAAGCUUUGGGUUACCCAUUAGCCGCAGUCUUUGAUGUGAAAAGUAAGGCUCAUAAUAAUACUAUACAUUAAAACUUACAUUUAACGAUCUACAAAGGGACUAGAAAUAUAUGAUUUUAUUUAAAGGUACCCGCCAUGUAAAGAUAUCAUAACUUACUAAAAAACUUAAUAAGAUCAAACAAAAUAACUGUUACAUAAAUAUGAUCGUUAAUGAGAGUUAACAUCGUGUAAUAUUUUGUUUUGCAUUGAUAAAAUGCAUUUUUGUGAAUAUAAAUGGACUAAUUACUUUAAAAAAAAAUAAUUGCAUUUGUUUUGUUGAGCUAUGUAAAAUAUUGUUCUUCAUAGAUGCUAAUUUGAUCACAUUAAUAUUAUAUUUAAGUAAAAUCUGAUAUUCAUUGCACAAUAGUCUAUAUUUCAUUAAAUUUUAAAUGUGAAUAUUAUCAUAUUCUUAAACCGACUACCUAGGAUUGCAAUCAUUGUAGUAGGCUGAUCAAUAUUUUGAAUAUUUUACUAUGUAUUUUCAAUUAAAUAGGUUGGUAUGUAACAUAAGUACUACCAAAACAUUUUAGUUAAUUCAUCUAUCUAAUAAGACAGUGUUUCCCAACCUAUGGGUCGUGAUGAAAGAAUAAUCUUUUGAUUAUAAUAUAAUAAAAUAGACUAUUAAGUACAGAAAUAUUAGAAAAAUAAUCUGCAAAUAAAUAUAAAAUAAUAUCAGCUUCAAAUAAUAAUGUUCAGAGACGCUUUGUUCAUUGUCGAGAUUAAUGAGAACAUAAAACAACGAUUAUUAUUAAACAGAUUAAAAUCAAAAUCCAUCAUUAUUUUUUUUUAUUCAGUUUUACGAAAGUACUGAUGUUCAAAAUAAAGUUAUAUUGUUUGUAGUUAUAAGAUAUAAUUUUGGCGGAAAUAUUCAUGAAGAUUUCUUGUAAUAUGUUAGUUUGAGUACAAUAACAACUGGUGUAGAUAUUUAUAACUCAUAAGAAUUUAUUUUUUUACUGAUGGUGCAUUUGUCUACUGAAUUAGAUAACAUUCUUAAUGUAGUGACUUUUAUUAUUAAUAUUAUUACUUAUCAUGUAUUGAGCCAUUAUGGUAUACUUGAUUUUAUUAAUAUUUUCUUUUUAAUGAAGGGUCGCAUAUUCAAAAAAGAGUCAAUGUGUGGGUCACCAUAACAAAAAGGUUGGGAACCACUGUAAUAAUAUAUAGAUAAUCUAAUCUACUUAAUUUAUUCCAAAUUUCUCAAUCAUUUGUGUAGCUAUAAUUAUUAAUAUUUUUAUUGUGGUCUUUGUAAUAGUUUACGUAUACCUAUAUGAAUAAAAAUAACACUAAUAAAUUUUAAAUUCUGAAAGAAAUAAGGUAUUUAUUGGAUUUAACAUCUAUUUUGUAUUCUGUUUGGAAACAAAUUUUUGACUAGAAAUCUUUCUCAAAUCAUAACAUAGGGAACAUUUUCUGGUAGAAAAUGUUGUCAUAGUGUAUUGGAGAAGAUAUUUUUUAAUUUUCCUUGUACCUAGUUUUUUUUUAAUGUAAUAUAGGUUAUUAAGUAAAAUAUUUAUUUUAUAAUAGGUAUAACUAAUUAUUUUAAAAAUUGAAUUCAGAUCAAAAAAGUUUCCGAAUGUUGAUUUUGUGGCUGGAAGAGAAUAUAUUACAAAUUUAUCAACCAAAUAAACGAUCUGAGCUACAGAAUAUUGAAUCUUCUACUUGGGACAUAGAAUUUGAAAAAUUCUGUGUAUCAUGUUCCAGUCCCAUUAAAAGUGCUGACAAUGUAGAUCAUUUGGAGUGGCUGUUAAGUUUGGCAGUUAGACAAGUGUACAAUAAACAAAGUAAGGAAAUAUUAAUUUUAAUAAUUAAUUGAAAAUAUUAAAAACAUAUUUUUAUUUUUAAACAGAAAGUAAAUUUGAUUCUGAAACAAAAAAGACACUGCAAGUAUCCUGUGAUGUUCCAAUGAUUAUACCAUCUAAUAAUCCAAUUGACAAUCUUGACGGUAAGAUGUUUAUAUAUUAUGUACCAUUUCAAUAUUAUACGCAGAGCUUGGAUUUUAUUGCACUGAAAAUAACUGAAAUAUAUGAUUUAAAAAAUCUUAAAAUAAGCUGUAAUAUACCAUAAAAACAUAAAGAAUGGUAAAGAAAAAAAUGUAUUUUUUCAUAUUUUAAAUAUAUAAAUACAACUGAUAAGAGGUUAUAGAUCUAUACUGUUUGUUGGGUCAAUAAGUCAGGCUACUUAAAAAUAGAUUAUAAUAUGAAACUAAAAUGUAAGUAUUUUUCUAAUGGACUCACUUAAAUAACAGAUAUUUCUUACUAUUUAUGAAAAAUACAAGUUAAAUUAAUAUAUUAUACAUACAAUUAACAAAAAAUUAACAUCAAAAUUUAAAAAAAUAGCACUAAAAAUUUAAGAUUCUUCAAAUAUCCAAAAAAUAGCAGUAUAAAAAUUCUAUUUUGGAGUCUCUGAUGCAUAAAACAAAUGUAAAGUUCACUUUGCUUUUUUUAUCUGUAUCUUAUUAUAAUUAACAAAUGCUAUAAAAUCCGAGCCCUGAUUAUAAGUAAUGUUUACUAAAUAACAGAUAGCAACGUGAUAAUAAAAUUAUUUUUAUUUGAGUAAAUCCUUCAUUAAUACAGCUAGAUUGAGUCUUUAAAAGUAUAUUUUUCUGAGGAAACUUCUUGGCAGUAAGAGUGAUAAAAAUAUAAUUUUUUAUUUAUUAUUUGAUUAUAGUUUUAAAAACUGUUAUGUACAAAAUUGGUAUUAUAUGUCAAUGUUGCAAUGUGAAAUUGCAUACAAAAUUGAAAUUUGUAAUAUUAUAUACAGAUUUGUCUUAAUACAUUUCAUAAUUAUUUAGUUGUGUUUAGUGGUUUAAUUGAAGCAGUAAUAAUGUUUUUUUUUAAAUUUAGUCAAUAUGUUAAUUUUCUAGUUUUUAAUAAUUAUUAAAUGAUUUAAAUUACUAAUUAUUAAUAUUUUGUAUACAUUUUUUGUUUUUUUUGUUAUUGUUAUUGUCCAAUAACAGCAUUUUAUAUUAACAAUAUUAUGCCAUAUUAUUACCUUGUUUAUUUAGAUUCAAUUAUCAAUACAUUUUUUUUUUUUGUAUUUUUAGCCAACAGUGCUGAUUUCAAGAAAGGUGUUGAAGAACUUGCCGAUUUACUCAAUAUUUGUAAGCAUCCUGAUCAAACCAUCACUUUAGAAGCUAUAAGUAAAUUUAUAGUAAACAGAUUAAAUGAAGAUGCAAUAAAAGAUCCAUCAACGGUUUUACCAAAUGUAAAUAUUGAUGGUGAUAAUAUUAUACAUAAUUAUUAUUGUUUGUAUGUAUAUGUAUAUUUUUUUUAUAGGGAGAAGCUUUUCCAUUAGAUAAAGUAAAAGCUCACAAAAUUGAUUCUCAAGAUCCUGUGGUUUUACAUGCUAUGAAGGUUUUGAGGUUAGCGCAGUUGCAUAGGUUACGUGAUCUUCAAACAUGCAUUAACGAGUGUAUAGUCUCUAUGCAACAAGUCACUUCUAAUCCAAAAACUGAUACAACAUUGGGAAAAGUUGGACAUUAA